CUGUAGAACCUGCAAGCCCUGCUGUCUGUAUCUGUGUGUUUCGUCCCAUGAGACACAGAGCUGCUUCUGUCUCUCCUCUCCUCCGCAUUGCUGGGAGUGUCUUCAGGGAGAGGAAACAGUGAUGUGGGUCUGAUAUAUAUGGUGAAGACUGAAAAGGCCCUGUCCGAUUGGCCAUCCCUCCUGUUUGAGAGUUUCCUGCUGUUAAUCUGAAAAGGCAGUGCUGUGUGUGAUUGGCGGGGCAGGGGGCUUUGUUGUUACUAGGCGUCCGGGGUACGGAGCAGAAGUUCAGUUGCCCUGCGGGCUCAGGUGUGAAGACAGGGGUCUCAGCUGUGCUCUGUCCUAACAACAAUGGAGAGCUGCCUGUCCAUCUUCUCUCUCGCUGUCCUGGUGCUGCACAGCUCAGCCAGCAGUGCUGAUGUGAGGCUGGUGAAUGGUACCAGUCCUUGCGAGGGGACAGUGGAGAUAUAUCAUGAGGGACAGUGGGGGACUAUUGAUGACACUGACUGGGAUCUGGAUGAUGCUGCAGUGGUAUGCAGGCAGUUGGGCUGUGGAUCUGCUGUAUCAGCACCAAGUGGGGCUCACUUUGGACCAGGGUCUGGAUCAGUCCUGAUGGGAGAAAUUUCCUGCAAAGGGACUGAGUCGGCACUGAGGGAGUGUGGAUCAAGUUCAGUUGUUUACUCCCAUGAAUAUGAUGUUGGGGUAAUCUGUUCAGCUCAUCGAGGGGUCAGGCUGGUUGGAGGCAUUGGACUCUGCUCUGGGAGAGUGGAAGUUCAGCAUGGAGACACCUGGGGCUCAGUGUGUGACUCUGACUUCGACUGGCAGGAUGCAGAAGUUGUCUGUCGAGAGCUGGACUGUGGGGUUCCCUCACUGUUUCUGAAAGGGGCUCAUUUCGGGAGGGCAGAGGGACAGGUCUGGACAGAGGAGCUGCAGUGCCAGGGCAACGAAUCUCGGAUUUUCUCCUGUCCAAACUCAACCACAAAAUCACAGAACUGCACCCAUGAGAAUGGCGUGGGACUGAAGUGUUUUGGAUACACAGGGUUCAGGCUGGAGAACGGCUCAGACUCCUGCUCUGGACGAGUGGAGUUACAGUGGCUCUUCAGGGACUGGGGGACAGUGUGUGAUCUCUACUGGGACCUGAGAGAUGCCACUGUUCUCUGCCAGCAGCUGGGCUGUGGGGAGGCUGUAGCAGCGCCAGGACAGGCCUGGUUUGGACAGGGCAGUGGACCAGUAAGGGCUGAUGUCUUUGACUGCCAGUACAAUGAGACCAGUCUCUCACACUGUGCUGCCUUUUCAUGGGGGAUAGCAGGGUGCUCUCAUGGACAGGAAGCAGGAGUCAUCUGCUCUGGUUCCUCCCUGUCAGCGCUAGAUGGUGGAGUCCGGCUGUCAGGAGGAGAGAGUCACUGUGAUGGCCGGGUGGAAGUUCACUACAACAGCACAUGGAGGAGACCCCUCCAGCACUCCUGGGGCUACAGAGAGGCCUCUGUGGUCUGCAGACAGCUGGGCUGUGGCUCAGUGGUGCAAAUAUACAACUCCUCUGUGUAUGAGACAGGUUACAGUGCUAUGUGUCUGACAGGUAUUGAGUGCUCUGCAGUACAAGUCUAUAACUCCUCUCUGUAUGGGACAGUGACAGUGCUGUGUGUCUGACAGGUAUUCAGUGCUCUGCAGUACAAGUCUAUAACUCCU